GGCACUACACUACAACACUUCUCCUUCUUCUCUCCUCCUCAUAUAUUUAUUAUUAUUACUCUCUCUCUCUUUCACACAAAAAAAAAGAAAAUAUCAAAUGAGAGAAUCUAAUUCAAAAAAAAUCUCAUCAACAUAAUCCGAUAAGUGUUUGGUAAUUAAAGCCGGUGGAUCCGACGGAGAUGGCGAAGACCGGUGUAUUCGAUUCGGAUCCGACGGCGAUUGCUAAAGCUAAAGAACUGAAACGUGAGAUGAAGAAACUUCUGAUGAACAUGGAGGAAGAAGAUGGUUUGAGCGUUCAGACAAUCGAUCAGUUGCAGGAGGCUUUGUCUUCGUUUAAACAGGAGACGAUGAGGAAGAUGGCGAAGUCUUGUUCUCUGGAGAUGUUAGAGACUGUGUCUUGUCCUGAGGAAUUUCGUUGUCCUCUGUCUAAUGAGCUCAUGCGUGAUCCUGUCGUGUUGGCUUCUGGUCAGACAUAUGAUAAGUUAUUCAUACAGAAGUGGUUGAGCUCAGGAAACAGGACAUGUCCCAAAACACAGCAAGUUCUGCCUCAUACAUCUUUAACUCCCAAUCUUUUAAUCCGUGAUAUGAUCUCAAAAUGGUGCAAGACCGUUGGGUUAGAGACAAGGAACUAUCAAUCUAGUCUUGUAGAUGAGGAGAAAGCUGUGACUAGAUCAGACCGUGAGAUAUUCAACUCUUUGCUCAGUAAACUCUCCUCUUCUAACCUUCAAGAUCAAAAAUCAUCCGCGAAGGAGCUAAGACGUUUGACCAAGAAAGGCACCGAGUUCCGUGCCCUUUUCGGUGAAUCUUCAGAGGGAAUCAACCGCUUGGUGAAUCCUUUGUUGUUACACGGGUCUAGUUUGAACCAAGAUGAGUAUCUUCAAGAAGAUGUGAUCACAACGUUGCUGAAUGUUUCCAUACAUGAUGACAGUAACAAGAAGCUAGUCUGCGAAAACCCUAACGUGAUUCCUCUCUUGAUCGAUGCGUUGAGACGCGGAACGGUAGCUACCAGAAGCAAUGCAGCUGCAACGGUCUUCACUCUCUCCGCGCUUGACUCCAACAAAGCACUUAUAGGCAAAUCCGGAAUCUUGAAACCGCUUAUCGAUCUUUUAGAAGAAGGGAAUCCAUUAGCUAUCAAGGACGUAGCCGCAGCGAUCUUUACUCUCUGUAUUGCUCAUGAGAACAGGAGCAGAGCUGUAAAAGAUGGUGCUGUUAGGGUUUUAGGUAAGAAAAUCUCUGAUGGGUUGUAUGUGGACGAGCUUUUAGCUAUCUUAGCGAUGCUUGUUACUCACUGGAAGGCUGUGGAGGAGCUUGGUGAGCUUGGAGGUGUUACUUGGCUGCUGAGGAUUACUAGAGAGAGUGAAUGUAAGCGUAACAAAGAGAAUGCGAUUGUGAUAUUGCAUACUAUAUGUUUCAGUGAUAGGACAAAAUGGAAGGAGAUCAAAGAAGAGGAGAGUAGUCAUGGAACGAUAACAAGGCUUGCGCGUGAAGGAACCUCUAGGGCACAGAGGAAAGCAAAUGGGAUCUUGGAUAGGCUGAGAAAAGCUAUGAAUCUUACUCACACAGCUUGAGUGAGAAUGAUUCUAAAAAUCCGCAAUGUAAAUUAUCUACAAUCUAUGUUUUUUUUUUUUUUUUUGAGUAUUUGGUUUUUUCAGAAUUUUUGUAAAUUAUUCAUAUCUUUAGGAUUUGAAUAAUAUAUAUAUGGUUUUCCGUAUAUGAUGAUGAGGUUGUAAGUAGAAGAAACCUGUGUGAAUAGUUUUUUUCCGUUUGAUGUUCUUUUCCUUCUGAGGAAUCAAUAAUACUUAUGUUGGCGUUAUUCAUGUGUGGUCAACAAGUAACG